AUGGGGCGAGCCACGGCGGGCAGCGCGCGGCGGUCCCGGCGGGGCAGCGCGGCCGCCAGCUCCCCCGCGGGCGGGAGCCGCCGGGGCCGAGGGAAGAAGGCGGGCGGACCCCCGGCCGGGCCGGGGCCGCAGGCACAGCCCCCCGGCCCCGGAGGCUUCGAUCUGGGGGCGCAGAGCGGGCGCUGGGCGGCCUUCCAGGAGCGGCACCGGCUGAGCUGCGAGGAGGCGGCGCGGCUGCUGCUGGACGCCUAUGAAUACAGAGGUUUAGUCAAACACACAGGAGGCUGUCACUGUGGAGCCGUCCGCUUUGAGGUCUGGGCUUCAGCAGAUCUGCAUGUUUUUAACUGCAAUUGCAGCAUUUGCACAAAGAAACAGAACAGACACUUCAUUGUUCCAGCGUCGCGUUUCAAGCUGCUGAAGGGUGCUGAUAAUUUGACAACAUACACCUUCAACACACAUUGUGCCCAGCAUACAUUCUGCAAGACCUGUGGUGUACAGAGCUUUUAUACUCCUCGUUCUAAUCCAGAUGGUUAUGGAAUAGCUCCCCACUGUCUGGAUGAUGGCACCGUGCAGACCAUUGUCACAGAGGAUAUCAAUGGCAAGGAAUGGGAGAAGGCCGUAAAGGAACAUAAGACCAUCAGAGACAUGUCAAAACCCUGAUAUAUCCUUCCAGCAGCUGAACUUGGAGCACUGCUGUGGAACUGUAGUCUGGGCUUUCCUGGGUGAGGGUUGGCAAAAUCAGUCUCUAUAUUGUUGUUAUCUGUUCUCUGUUUCUUAAAUAAAUCUUUCUAUGCUGCCUGUCCAA